AUGAGACUGUCACUGCUGCUGCUGCUAAUCCAGUUACUGGUCUUUAGGGUCAGAGGAACACCUGCCAAACACUGGCGACGGGCCCCAGCCCAUGGGGUUUUUAAUGUGGAUCUCUAUGCGUACAACAAGCCCAGGAUGAACCUGGCAGGCCAUCAGUCUCGAUCGGGUCCGGCUCCGCCCAUGGGUCAACUGCUGGAGCAACUGUCCCAGCAGAGUCGUCGAUACGCCGUCCAGAAGUCUCACUAUAGAAAUCUCGAUGAUGCUGCAGAAGUUUAUUCGCAGUCCAGGCCGAAUGGAAUGGAGAAGCAGCACAAACAAGCGAACAAAACAAUAGAAUCCCAGAUCGUAAACAUGCAAUUAACGCCGCUGGAAAUGAAUUCAAGUCUCAGCAAAGCGCACGCACAUGAACAUUUAUAUUCGAGCGAGUUCCAUGUGCAGAAUAUAGGGGCCAAGAAAAUUGUGCAAUUGAAUACCCUGUCGUCCAGCCAUGAACGUAAACCAGUUCGAGAACAAGUUAUGGGCCUGGAGCAGGAGGUGCACCCAUUGAAAGUGGAACUGGCACUGCCACAGCUGUCCAUAGAGGAAGAGGAGGAAGGGGAACAGGUGAAUCAACACAAUGGGCAAGUAGAGUCCAACAGAACCAAAGAAGAACAAACUGCCUCCAGCUUGACGACAACGGAAGCCUCGGAAGAUUUGACAGCUCCUGCAAGGGAAUCCCUGGCCAGUGUGAAAAAAACACUAGCCGAGCCGGCGAGCCAGACAAUUAUCGAUAUGGUAUCGACAGGAAUGCAGGAGAUUGUCAGCCAGCUGACAGCGGAGAAUGCCGAUGACAAGGACACAAUGGGUCAUCUGGUCUCCGAGCUGGUCCAUCAUUCCGGGAGGAACGAGACCGCUGCUAAGCGCACUCAACUGAAACCCAAGCGAAAGCAAACAAAACGAGGGGGAACGUUGUGA